AUGAAACCAACACCGAGAACUGAACAAUUUCAGCGUUCCAUAAGAAAGAAAGUACUGAUAGGACUCUUCAUACUAUCACUGCUUGUUGGAGGUUUUGUUGCUGCACCUCUUUUUGGAUGGAGCCACUAUUCCUUCUCCUCCUUAACAUUCAACUGUGGAUCAGAAUUCGGGUCCUACUUCAUGACUUUCAUAGUCCUGGUCCUGUUCCUCCCUAUAUUUGUAGUUGUGAUAUCCUAUAUUAUCAUACUCAGUGUGGCGCUGUCUAACUUUGCAGAGAAUCCUUCACAGGAUAGACGCAGGGGAAACAAUAACAAUGUCAGAAUGAAAUUCAUACGAGUAGCAGUUGCAGCCUCUCUGAUCAGACCACAAAGACCAGGCACCCCAACUAAACUUGUCACCCCACCCACCACACCUAUACCCGGGGUACGGGCCCUCGCUAGAAACAGUGGUCUCAUGGUUUACCCCGCAAUGGCUGCUAAUGGUGACGGUAAUAUAGGAAAACUAGAAAAGACUAAGUCAAAGUUGUCGCUAAAACUUUUCAAGUCAAGAUCAGCUAAAUCUUCAAUACGGGUUCUGAUAAUAGUCGGGGUAUUCCUGGUGUGUGUUGGACCCAUCCUAAUCGUUUGUCUUAUCGCCUACAUCAGCAACAAGUUUAUCUCGAUGAGGGCAGCUUUUUUAGUUUACACUCUAUCCCUCUCUCAUUCUGCAAUAAACCCUGUGGUCUACGGGUUGUUUGAUAUUCGGUUCAGAUCUUACGGUACAGAAAUUGUCAGGGAGGCGUACAAAGCCAUGUUUAUGCGGGCUCGACCAAAAACCUUCUACUCACAAUCCCAACAAAGAUCCUGUGUAGCUCGUGGGGCUGGGUCAGGGAUCCAUGAGGUCGUGCAGCGGCAACUUUCAUCAAGACCUAAUCACCAGUCAAGUGGCAGUCACAUGGCAGACAAUAUGGACGGAGAUCUCGUGACAAACUGUGAUAUGAUCUCGUGACGAAACUGUGAUCCUAUCCCACUAUUUCGUGACAAGCUGUGACCUAAAUUUGUCCAGCUUCAAACUGAUUCCCAUUGCGAUAUGUUAACUUUGUGAGGAUGGCAUAUUAACUCAGCAAAAUUACAGUUGACGAACGAGUUGGUCAUAUCAAUGACGAAAUCGAACGAACUUUCAAGCCUAAGCUAAGGGUGUUCAGCCUGAUAUCUUUGUGAAACUUGAUUUCGAGAAAGCAGUUAUUUAACAAAUCAGGGCGCGUUGUGAAAUUUUAGGAGAUCGUGUCUCUCAGCUCCCAAGUUCCCAACCACCCAUCAAUAACGGUCGCGGCGGCGAAACACUUUCUUUCUUGGUUGCCCACGAGGGUUCCUAAAACAAAAAGUGUGGGGAUAUUCUUUUUAUAGCUGCUGUUUGUUGGAUAAGACUGCUUCCUCGAAAUCAAGCUUUAAAAGCAUCAGGCUGAACCCCCACAAUCAUAAACUGAUGCAGGUCAUAUUGUAGGUCCUCCUGACUUUGUGAUAACGAGCUUUUUGAUAAAUAACCCUUAGGUUCAACUCAAUGAGUAACUGAAUAACCAUUAAUUUUUACAAGAAGGUUAAAACGAACUCAAUAAUCCCACUAUUAAAUUAUUGUGAAAAUUAACUUACUAUUCGGGAGAUUUCUUUCUAAUCGGAAAUGAUUAAUGAACAAAUUUUAAACACGAAUUAAUCCAAUUCCUAGUACUGAAGUGAUAUUUCCUUGCCGAACUUCCUCUAUUCGUUUAUCAAUAUAAUUUUAAACGAUUAUAUUAAACAAUUCUAAUGCAAUCUGUACUUUUUAUACCAUGUCUAUUUCAGGCUUAUUAUUUUGGUGAAAAGUAAUUAUAUCUAAUUGAUACAUUUCAAUUGCAAUUUCACCGUUCAGUUUAUCCGGUCAGACAUUAUAAUUGAUACAUCAAUUAGUUUGCCAAUUCUAAUUUAGAUCAAAAGGUCGUACAGCAACAACUUUAAUCAAAACCUUAUUACCAGUCAAGCCACAACAUAGCAGAAAAUUUGGACGGAGAUCUCGUGAUGAAAAGCUGUGGUUUGUGAUAUUAUCUCGUGACGAAACUGUUGUAAAAUUAAUUAUAUCAAAUUGAU